AUGGCCCGGCUGACCCGCAGUAACCGGGGCGCCGAAAAUCUUGGUGCCUGCACAGGUGCGCACACCCGGGCGGGCCUGGGGCAGCGAGAAACUCCAGCCAGCCUUGUGCCCCUCACCGUCGCCCACCUCCUAAUCCAUUCACAAAACAGGAGCCGCAAGGGAGGAAGGGAGGAGAGGCUGGAGCAGGAGAGGAUGGAGGAAGAAAGGGAGGAGGGGUCAGUAGGGAGGGGGCUACAGGAACGGCCGCCGGGAAGCCUGGAGAUGCCGCAGCCCUCAGCCCGCCUCGCGGCGCUGCACGCAGCACCCACACGGCUGGGGAAGCCGGCGGGGUCCGCGGGGCUCAGCAAGCGGCACCGCUGGAGUCCGGCGCGCCCGGGUUCCUCGGGCAGCCCGCCCCUCCGAGAGGGCUGGCCGGUCGGCCAGGCCCGCGCUCACCGUGCCGCCGGCUGCCCGCGCUCCGGUGCUCAGCAGGCCCGCGGCGGCUCCAUGCCCCUCCUCCCGCUCCUCGCUGCCGCGCCUCUCUUCACGGUGCGCCGCUGCUGCCGCGCGCUUCGACUGACGAGCGCUGGCCCCGCCGAGCAGCCUUUAAGUACCGAGCGCGCCCCCGCCGGGAGAAGCGCCCUCCUCCGGCCCUGGGGCCGGGAAAGUUGGGAAGAGUGGGAGGGCUCCCCCGAGGGCUGCGAGGAGCAUCCCCUUCCCGGCUCGGCCGGGGGUAGCCCCACACGGCCGGCGCGCGGCGGGACGCAGGGUCCCGAGUGGACGUGGCUCCUCCUGUUCGGAAAGACUCGCAGCCUCUGCACACUCCGAAAUUGCGGUUCCCCAACCGAAGCCGAAAGCCGAGUUCCGCCGCGCUCGGCCCGGGACCAACUGCCCAGGGAAGAGGUGGUCAUUGUGCUCAACCUGGAACUUGAAGCGCAGUUAACUUCAGUAUAA